UGGUACAGGAGGGUGAUUUACAGCACGGUUGAGGGGGGUUGGUUCCGGACUGGUCGGGUUGAUUACUUUUUGACGUCACCGGAAAGAGGAAGAUGUCGGUGUCGGUGUCGGAAGUGAAGGAGAAGAUGGUCGAGAAGGCGCAGGAGACGUCGCAACAGGCGGCAGAUGUGGCGGCGAAGGGUGAGGAGGUGGUCCCACAACAGGCAAAGACCCUGUUCCAACGCUUGAAAAGUAUGGGCUACAAGCGAUGGGCACUGGUGUUGGCGACGAUGGGAGGGGUGGUUGCCGCUCUGGCGACCCCGGUCCUGCUGGUUGUCGGUCUGCCAGCUCUCGUCGUCGUGGGAGGCAUCCUCCUUCUCUUCUCUCCACUCAUUCUGGUCACCUCACCGCUAUGGAUUCCCGUCGUCCUGUUCUUCCUCACUGUCGGUGGAGGUCUGGCGGCGACUGUGGCCGCGGUCUUCGGCCUGUGGUGGUUGUACCGGUAUUUCAGGGGACCGAUGCCCCCAGGCGGCAAGCAGAUGAACAUGGUCAAGGAGUAUGUCAGGGGGGUCAUGCAGCGCACGACGGGAACCAUAGCCAAGAAGGGGCACCAGAUCACCGACGCCAUGAACAUCACGACGCCCUCCACUUAAGAUCGCAUUCAUCUGGUUCCUUCUUCACCUUCGCAGUAAUGUACCGGCACAUCCGGACUCCACUGCCUCCAGGUGGCAUGCAGCUCUUCAUUGUGACGGAGUAUGGGAGGGUCUCACUUAAGAAUUCUCAUGCGUAUUCCUCCUCUCCCAUCUUCGCAAUAAAUGUAACGGCACAUCCAGAUUCCACUACCUCCAGGUCGGAAGCAGGUCUUUAUGGUGAAGGAGGACGAAAGCAGGUCUGUAUGGUUAAGGAGGACGUGAGCGUCGCACUGAAGAACGCAUGCAUUCUUGUCUUCCUCAAUAUCGUAACAAUGUACUGGUACGUCUGGACUCCACUGUCUCUAGGUGGCGAGGUGGUCUUCAUGGUGAAGUCUUAGAGGAGUAUGCGAGGGUCGUCAUCCAGCGCAUGACGGGAAGCAGCCCCAAGAAGGGGCACGAGGUCAUGGAUCAUUUAGGACUCGUGAAUCAUCUUCUUCUUACUCCUUAGAACCAUAGCCAAUAAGGGCAACGAGCUCAUGUAUCUUUUUUGAGCUCAUGAAUCAUCCCUUAUCUUCCUAAUAUCUUAGAUUCCAUAGCCAAGAAGGGGCACGAACUCAUGGGUCUUCUCUGGAAACAUUUAUCUUCAUCUUCUUCUUAGAACCUCAAGAAACAUAGCCAAGAAGGGGCACGAGCUCAUGGAUCAGUUUAUGACUCACGAUCUUCUUCUUGGUUUUGAUAUUAGAACCAUAGCCAAUAAGGGCAACGAGCUCAUGUACCUUUCUAAAACUUAUGAAUCAUCCCCUUUAGGAUCCAUAGCCAAGAAGGGCCACGAGCUCAUGGAUCUUCUAUGGGGGAAAAAUCCCAGACCAGAAACAGAGACAACAGGCCAUUGCAUCGACCUGAACUGCAAAAUUGCAGAUCAAAAAGAGGGUAGAUAGGAUACGAGGACACAGUUGGCAAUUUUCCAGGUGGGGCCUGGGCCAGCAGAAAGCAGGAACUUAGGUGCAGCGCUCCACUAAUAGACGGAGUCUACUCAGGGGGGUCUGCAGAUACCUGGAAUAGAGCUAGGACCAAAUUGAAUAAGCUUCAAAGAGAGAUAGGAUAGGAGAACACAGUUGGGAAUUUUCAAAGUGGGGGUUUAGGCCAGUAGGAAGUAAGAGCUCUUAAAAUAGGAGGAAUUGGGUGAUUUAUGAAGCCCCGGAGGGAAAGGAGGUGCACCAGGCUAGGAACUGAAAAUAAUGGCCGUAGUCCGAAGAAACAAUUCACUGAGAUGGUGUACCUACUAGUGAGAGGGCUAGCUCGUAUGAUGGAAAUAGGGUACAGCAGCAGCGGAGAUGGUGGCUCUGCUGCAAUAAGUCUUGCCGGAGUGAGGUACAGAGGAUUGAUGGGGGGUCUCUGAGUCAUUUCUGUCUGAACUUUGCCUAUCUCUGAAGUUUGUGUACUAUCUAAGUAGCUCAAUUUUUUCUUAGCCAACGCUGGGUAAUGGCCCUGGUAUCUCAAACUUUCAAAUGUCUAUGUGAAUUUUCAUAUGGGACGCUGGGCCCGGUUCCCAGCACGUGCUGCUCCCCAUGAAUAGAUUGGAGCUUCGUUCCCAUUAAGAAGGAAAAAAAAGGAUACUGGACCCGGUUUCCAGCAGGUGAUGCUCCCCCCACCAAUAGGUGGAGCAGCCCUGACAGGCAGAGCUUCUAUUCUGGUGUUUUCUUACCACCACCAGGAUAGAGGACUUACAGAAAGGGCUUCUUAUGUGUAUGUAUAAAAAAGAAAGGGAUACGUUUUAGCCAAACGUGCAGGCCCCAGGUAAUUCAGAUAAUUCUUUUGUUGUUUUCAAUACUUUUUAUAUUCGUUUGUGUGGGUACGUGAGAGAGAAGGAGAAAGAGAUGACCUUUAUAGCUCUUCAUUGAGGCUAAUUGACGUAGGGACUGUAACCAAUUGUUCCGUAUGAAGUGGGUGUGUACCUGUGUAAUAUUCUUUGUUUGUUUGUUUGUGGGUUUUUUUUUUUUUUUUUUUUUUUUUUACCUGUGUGUAGUGUUCCUUUUCAGUAACAGACUGUGUUACCUCUUCUGUGAACAUUGAAAUGCAUAAGUACUAGGAAAGGGAAAGAAGAAAAGAAAAGAAGUUUAUAGAACUAGUACUCGGAAUUGUGAACACACAGGAGCGUGUGUACUGGUCAGCCUGAAUGUGCCUGAGGGUGACAGAGGGACUGGAUUGUCUGUGUGUGGGUAUAUAUUUCCCUACCUUUGUAACCUUUGUCCUCUCACCAGGAUAGAUGACAAAACUCCCCAGGUGGCUGGGGCCCCUCCGGGCUCUGCGGUAUUUCUGUUACAUUUUUCAUGCCACAAACAGUGGCCUUAUGUUCAACCAGAAGUAGCCCACUCAGUUAAUCCCCAGGGCCUUUUACCUGGGCAAUCAAUGCUGGUGGAAUUC